CACACAAUUGUCGCACGUUGGGUCGCAUAACUUGACUGUAUAUUGGUUAGUAUACAAAAUAAAGUUUUUAACGCUGCGCUGUUGGGCGCCGAGUUUAUAAAAAGCGCCAUGCGCAUGUGCAACGCGAAACAUUUACGUGUCGAACGUGCGCUAGUUCCAGACAACAUAAAAUAACCGUUAACAUGAAAACCCUCAUUGUGUUUACAACUCUUCUGGCGCUCGCAUUGGCCCAUCCUCAGCGCGAAGGUGCUGCCUAUACCAAUGAAGCCAUUCGCCAGGCACAGCAGACCUUCCUCAUACCAAAAGAUGCACAAAUUCAAAAUGUACAAGAAGGCAUUGAAUUGGGCGCAUACGAGGCGAUUCCCGGCAAUCAGCGCAUAAAUCUAUUCGAGAUCCUCGGCGAUCAAGUACCAUCAGAAGUUAUAAACAACCUGCAGUCGCAAGUCGACCAGAUCGGUAGGAAUAAGUGAACUCGAAUUCGCCAUAUGUGGAAUGUUAACUAAGUUUUAAUUAAAUUAAUUUUUGUUUUUUCUAUUUUCUGUUGAAAUAGUUGUUUUUGUUUAUUUAAAAAAUACAAACAUAUUUGAACUAAAA